AUGAAUUUCACUUGGGCUAAUGAACUUGCAAAGAAUGCUCUGAAAACAGCACAGAAACGAAUCGAUUCUGUUCUUGAUAUCACGGCAGAAGACGAAGCAGAGAGCGAAGAAGCAGUUCACAAUGUAAUAAUUCCGUCUGUAAAUGAAUCGCUAGAAGAGUUGCAGCUGGAAAAUCAUGACGUCUGGAAUGAAGCCAGCACUUCCUUUUGCUCUGUAUUUGAUGGAACAUCGACAGUAGAAGUUGUUUGUUCCGAACCGAACCCAAUUCGUGACAAUGACCUCGCCGAACUACUGCCAUGCUCACCAUGUUCGAAUUCUCCUGAAGAAUUGGUCUGUAGUGUAGGAGAUCAGGAUGUACAGGUUACAGGUGAUGUUCAGCAAUCAAAUGGAUUUUCGAAGUUAGAACCAAAUGUCUUGGAAGAUACAAAACACGUUCUCGUCGAAAAAUCAUCUCAGAAGACUGACAAGCAUCAUGAUGAUACCUUAACUCUGAUAUCUAGUGAUUUUGAAAUACUUCGUCCAGGGGAUGCUAGUUCAAUGGUAAGUAGUGUUCCAAAAAUUCUUCCAGUAUUAAAAGAAAGCGCUCUAACAGUAACAACACUGACAGAAGUUACGAAGGAAGGAAAUAAUGGUAAUUUGGUCGACAAACAAGCGGCUAGUGCUGAUAUUAUGCACUUGAAGACUCAACUUCAGUAUCAGGAGAGAAGGAUUCGAGAUCUUCAAUUUCAAAAUCAAAGGUUGGAGGCAAAAUCCAAUGAACUAUUAGCUUUGAAAGCAGUGCGAACACAACAAAGUUCGACGGAAGCGAAACUCAUGAAAAUAUUGAGCGAAAAGGAAACGAAGUUAGCAGAUCUUUUACGCGAAGGUGAAAAGUUAGCAGAAACAAAUGGAAAACUAACAAAGGAGUUGAAAAAGCUUAGAAACAACCUUGUUGAGCAGGAACAGCUAGCGAAGCAGAAUGAUGAAAUGAGGACUGAUCGUGAUCUUGCUUGUGAAGAAGUACGAAGCCUUACUGCUGAGACCACAAAAUUGCGCAAUUUGGUAAAAUCGCUGGAGUCUGAUUUGGUGAAAUUAAAGCUGUCAAAUGACAGCCUAAUUGCUGACCUAAACAGGAGAGAUAUAGAAAUCAAAAAACUGGAGGGCGAGAUCCAGCAGUCGGAAGCUAACCGCGAAUCAGCCCUUAAGGAAGUAAAGGUAAUAUUAAUCACUGAUGAUCAUUUUUAAAC